AGGCCAGGAGGUGGGCUUUAUCGGGCGCAGAUUUACGGAUGCGCUGCUAAUCUUAUUAAGAGCAGCCAUGAUGACAGACGCACACAUUCAGCGCUGUACCUGUGACUGAUCAAGGAGUCGCCGGCCAUUCAUGUUGUUGGACUACUGCUGCCGCUGCUGUGGGACCGCACUGAUCAGACGCCACGGCCCGCUGCCAGCCCACAGCAAGAUCCACGACACAUGGGCUGUCCUGCAGAACCUGUUGAUGUGUAUGGUGUGCUUUUACUCACUCUACUAUAUUGUGGUCAGUGUCUGCAUCGGCGUUCUCAGGGUGGAGGAGGUCGACAGCUUGUUAGCACCAUUUGACUACACCACACAACCAUCAUGGCAAAGUCCCAAAUACUUAGUGAGUGUGAUCUCCACAGAGGUGACGUAUGUUCUGGGUGGUCUGGUGUUCGCAUGGAUCGUCGAGGAGUGGGUGUGGGAUUACGCCAUUACUGUCACACUGCUGCAUGUCGCCCUCACUGUCGCAGAGCACUGGUGGAUUGCUCUCGGCUCGGGGUUAUUGAUGAUGAUUUUUGGCGGGCAGCUUCUGGCUUAUCGACUCUUCAGAAACAACUUUGUGCAUCCCGCAGAUCUCCAGAACUUCUGACAUCUUCAAGAUAAACUCUCUCUGUUUUGUAUUUACUCAGUUUUUUAUGUCAAGGUUUGAAAUGCUUUUGUAAUUCCUGCACAGUGUUUUACAUAAUGGAUUUGUUUUGAAACUGUCUGCUCAUUAUGAUAAAAUAAUACCAGAACACUG